UGUCACAUAUCAAUUUAUUUAUGGUAAUAAAAUCUUGUUGAAGAUUCAAACUUGAUUGUGAAUUAUUAUGCAAGAAUUAGAAUUAACAACACUGUUAUAAUAGUGUCAUUGUGAUAUGAUAACAACAAAAGCUUAGAGAAAAAGAGAAUGGAAAGAGUGUUUUCAAUUGCAGAAAUUACUGAACAAUAUUGGUUAACAUCUAAGGCUGGUAAAGAAGGAGAAUCAAAGAUGAAUAGAAGUGAUUCUGAAUGGGCUUUUCAACAGUUUCUUCAACAACAAGAACAAGAAGCUGCAAAUACUUCUAAUGCAAAGCCUUGUUCUUCCUCUUCAACUUCAACUUCAACUUCUUCUUCCAACCUUGAUCUCAAACUCAAAAUCAAUAACAAUAAUAAUAAUAAUAAUAAUAUCAAUGAUUCUCAGGAUUACUAUGCUAUUCUCAAAACCAAGCUCGAUCUCGCCUGCGCCGCAGUCGCCAUGUCUCGGGGAACUUUGGUGAAAUCUCAGGAACCAGACAAUGGAUCACAUGCAGCUUAUGCUUCUGAACUUGGAGCUUCUGGAAAUGAUUCAUCUAAAUUGCUAAAUAAAGAUGGGAUGAAAGUAGGUCAAAAGAAGCCUGUUGUUUCAAUCAGGUCAACAACAAGUGGUUCAUCAGAUGAUGAAGAAGCUGAGGGAGAGAUUAAUAUGAAUGGAGACAUGAAUCCUUCUGAUGCAAAAAGAGUAAGAAGGAUGCUCUCUAAUAGGGAGUCUGCUAGACGUUCGAGACGAAGAAAACAAGCUCAUUUAUCUGAGCUUGAAACACAGGUUUCUCAAUUAAGAGGUGAAAAAUCUUCAUUGUUAAAGAAUUUAACAGAUGUGACUCAAAAGUACAAUGAUUCUGCUGUUGACAACAGAAUAUUAAAAGCUGAUGUUGAAACCUUAAGAGCAAAGGUGAAGAUGGCUGAAGAGACGGUUAAGAGAUUUACUGGAUUGAAUCCGAUGUUUAAUGAAAUAUCUGAGUUAUCAUCAAUGGGAAUGGGAAUGUCAUUAUUUGAUGGAAGCCCUUCUGAGUCAUCAGCUGAUGCAUCUGUGCCUGAAGGUUCAAAUAAUCACUUCUGUCAACCAGCUUCUAGUAAUCUUAUGUCAAGUCAUAAUAUAAGAGCUGACAAUAUGCAGAUGAACACUGCAGCAGGGAACAAGAUAGGGAGAACAAACUCCUUGCCGCGAGUGGCUAGCUUGGAACAUCUUCAGAAUCGGAUUCGCGGUGGUGCUGAUGAAGACAAGUAAUUGAGUAGUUUAAUUAAGUGAUGUUUUCAGGGACAGGUUAUUCUGAAACAAACAUUUUGUGUGGGAUGUUUUGUAAGGAAAGAAGGUCUAUUCUUGUUGAUUGUUGAGCUAGUCUAAUUGGUUUAACUUGUGAAAAUUGAGAGUUAGGAAUUAGGAUAGCAAAUAGGCCUUAAAGGAAACAAAUUCUCCCAGAAACAUGUUUGGAACAUAUAUUGUUUAACAUUGUAAAUGGUUUUUAUGUUUUUUUAUUUAUCUUGAAUGAAAAUGCUUUUUUUUUAA